CCAGGGCCCGCAUGUCAGACCGUCUGAGCGACACUCUGAGCUCGCUCGAGCUCACAGCGUCCGACUCUGCGCUCGACCUCGCCCUCGUCCUGUCCGCCCUUGAGUCGAGCACCGCGCCCAAUUCGCAGGACGUUGCAGACGAGCUGCAGUCGCUCGCCGCCAUCUACGACAACCCUGAACCCUCCCUGUCGCUCUACCGCCCGCCGCGCACUGCCCGCACCCAGUCGCCGCCGCGAGAGUGGACGCCUUCAUCAGCCGACCCUCUCAGACUCGUCCUGUCGACCACCCUCGCCCCGCCGCACGAGGCGAUCCCGCUCCACCUCCUCCUGUCCCUCCCGCGAGGCUACCCUGCCGACGAGCCGCCCCUCCUCCAGCUCCAAGACCGAUACCUCGGCUCGUUCGCGGUGGGCGACAGCCUCUUCGGCGAGGUCCUGCGCACCUACAUGCACGACGCCGAGGCCGGCGUCGCAGGUGCAGGCGUCGAGUGGACCGGCGGCGUCUGCCUGUUCGAGGGCGUCGAGCUCGUCUUUGUUGGGCACGCCGCCAAGGUCAACUCGCUCGAGGAGGUCGACGCCGUCAUGGAUUCGCUGUUGAGCAACAGCAAGAUCGCUCGAGCAACACACAACAUCUCGGCGUACCAGUUCACGACCGAGGGCGGCACCCGUCAUGCCGACAACGACGACGAUGGAGAGUCGGCUGCAGGCAGUCGGCUCGCCCACCUCUUGACGCUCCUGGACGUGUCGAGCGUCAUGGUCGUCGUGACGCGCUGGUAUGGCGGCGUACAUCUCGGGCCCGAUCGGUUCAAGGACAUCAACCAGGCUGCCCGAGACGCCCUGGUCGACGCAGGUUUCCUCCCCGACCCCGAGGACAAGAAGGGAAAAGGCGGCGGCGCAAAGGGCGGCAAGAGGCGGUAGAUGCGAGGUAGACGAGCUCCUCUACAAUACGAGCGUCGGCGUGCAGCCAGACGAGCGCUUUUCGUC